AUGCUCUGUGAGGGUGAGUUUUUCAACAAUGAAUCAUCGACGAAAACUACCGUAAUCUCAAAGGAAUGCAAAAAAUUGGAAAGAAUAAACAUGAAAUUUUUGAAAUUUCAACAGCAUUUUUAUAGACGAGGAAAUUCUAAAAAACCGAGGUACAAAAAAUACUGUAAAAUACGAUGACUAAAAUUAAGCUUUUAAUAUUACAGGGUGACAAAUAAAAAAUGCAACUUUUUUUGAUGGGUCCUGCCGCGAAAACUUUUAGGUUUAGGAAAAUAUUGUUCAUACCAUUAAAUUCUCCGUGUUUUUUUGUCCUAGCCUCUCAAUUUUCAUACGCAUAUCGGUUGAUUAACAUGUUUGUUUCGAGUCUCAAACAGAGGGACCCCGAUUUUAAACGUGUCACGAGAAGAAAAAGGACAGUGAAAGAUUGCUAAAUUGGUCGGUGUAGGAAAACCGGCCAUACGAAAAGCCAUCAAACGACUCAACGAGCUUGGCCAUGGUGGUAAGUGUCCAGGAAUUAGAAAGAAGCGCAUCUUGAAGACUUCUGCCAACCUUGAGAUCAUCAGAAAGAGAGUGAAGCAAAAUCUGAUUGUGUCCAUGAAGAAAAUUGCCCGGGAGACCGGCAUCAAGGGAACAACGGAUCGACGAAUGGUGAUCAAUGUACCGUAG